AUGUCUCUGAAAUCGGCGUCCAGCGCCCUGGAGGGCGCCACUGAAAAUACAACGACUGUAGCCGGCUCCUCCCUCGCCGGUGCCGUGCCAGCUGCGCAACGACAGGCGAAACAGCUUGGCACGACCGCUACCGAGCCCAUGAGCCUGACAACACCUGGCGAGUUUCCAGGAGAAAAGACGCAAGACAAUGCGGCCGCACAAGACACAUCGUCAGGUCCGUGGUAUGCACCGAUGAGCGCGUGGUUCCGAGAUGUCAUCCCAUACACAUUGGAUUGGUUUGAAGGCACGGUGAAAUGGCUGCUCGCUUGGAUAUUUCCUCCGCCUCGCCAAGCAGCGCUCUUCGAAGCAGCACUACGAAGGCCCUACGCGACAUCAUUCCUGGUCUGUCAGCUCAUCUGCUGUGGAGUGCCGUUUCUUGUCUUUUUAGCUGGUACCUUUGUGUUUGCCGCGGUAGCCACACUGUUGUGGGCUCUACUAUCAUUUGUCAUCUUGGGACCAAUCUUCCUGGUCGCUAGCAUGAUGGGGGUAUGCCUCUGGAGUUGGGGCUUGGUUUUGUAUGCCGUCAUGAAAUGGGCUGACAGAACGUUCCUGGGCGGAGUGAUUAGCAAGUUCUGGCUUUCACAAGUGCCACCGAAGGACCAGCCCCAGGAUUCUCAAGAGAACCGCGAGCAAAAGGGCACACGGGAAAGCGGAGAAGGAGCAAAUUGA